AUGUUCAUGAAGAGUCGGAUCCAAAUACAUGAAGCUUGGUGCAGUUACACAAGCGGCGCAGUGAAGCCAACGGUCAGGAGCGAAGUGGGACCAUCGCUAAUUGCCACCACGAGUGGUGUUAUUAGGGGUACCCACUCGAUCGUAGCCGGUACGCUUCUCCACGAUGCAUCGAGCCCAACCGCCUACGUAACUGCACCGAGCCUCAAGAACUCCACUUUUUUAUGUCACUGGAUGCGCUUGGAUGAUACCGACACUGACAAGUUUCGAUGUAGCUUUGCCACUCUUACUAAGUUGUGCCCAAACACUGUAAAAAAUGAAAAAGAGCGGAACAUCGGAGAGUGUAUGUGGAAGACCUAUCCAUCACCUUCUAAAAGGAUGGCUGCUGUAAGGAAAUGGAGCGCAGCUUUCAAGGAAAUUCACGGAGAGUCUCCCAAAAAAAGCGACUACGGAUUAGCACCGAGUCAUGUAAGAGAGGAGUACUUUGCGCAGUUUCCUCCAAGCCCAGUCAAAGAACCCAUAACUCAUCGAAAAGGAGGAGUUCGCCUGAAAAGACCUUUGGAAGACGAGAGUCCGCUGAAGCAGAGACCAUCGAAGGCGCGUCGUCUAUGCAUUGAUCAGAAUGUUCGUGGAGUUGGAACUAACCCUGGAAAGAAUCUACUCAAGCAGAGUCCAUUUAUAUUUUCUCCAGUGAAGGUCUCUUUCACUCUUCCUGGCGCUCUUCGGACAAGGCGAGCAAUAAAGGCGUUGGAGGAAAUAAACGCGACGUCCAUCCCAUCUUCUUUUUUACCGAAUAAUUCCCAGGAAAUGAGAUCGCCAACUAAAAGAGUAACGGGAUUUUGUGGGUUUUCUUCGUUAUUCGACACUCCGGAAAAAGGACAACCAACUUCGUGGGGUGAUAUUAGUCCUCAAAAGGUCAUUGCUCCUCCAACAACACUUGGGAUACCGAUGCGCUCACCGAGGAAACCGAUCGUUCAUAAAGAGAUCUUAGUGAAAAAUGUCGAGUGCCUACUGUUGCCUACACCAGAGAAGAGAAAUCGGGAAGAGGAGUUGAAGCCUUUUGAACCAGAGGAUAUACCUUCGAAAAAGAAGACAUUCAUUGGACUGUCUAAAAAUGAAGUAGCUGCGGCUUUCGAUCCGAAAACGGGGAAGAUCCUCAAGAGAGCAUUUAAAAGGUCCGCUCCUGUAGCAACUCAAAAAAAGAAGAAAGUUGAAGGGAACUUUGUAAGAAUUAACAUGAAGAAGAAAUCGUUCACGCGGGGGAAAGUAUCGGCUGAGCAAAAGCGGAAACUCCGUCGGAAACAAAACUGGAGGAAACGGAUUUCUGAAAGGGUGUAG